AUGAAGGACCCAGAGGAAAUUGGAUUCUACCUCUUCAGUAGAAAUUACCCGUUUCAGGUUCAGUCUUAUUUACAUGAAACAUCUGUGGGUGGCUGGGGAGAUCUCUGUCCACAGCCCGUAAGAAACUAUGCUCCGUGGUGUCCAGCUUGUCAACAGAUUGAAUUGACGUGGGAGAGUUUUGCAAAGGAAAGCGAACAUCUAGAUAUCACUGUAGGAAAGGUGGAUGUCACUCAAGAACCAGGUUUGAGUGGCCGAUUCUUUGUCACAACACUUCCUACAAUUUACCAUGCAAACGAUGGAGUAUUUCGCAGAUACCGAGGGUCACGGACGUUGGAAGAUCUUCAAGGUUAUGUUUUAGAGAGAAAAUGGGAAGCUGUGGAACCUGUAGCAGGAUGGAAGUCUCCAUCUUCUAUAAUGAUGCAUGGCAUGGCAGGGCUAUUUCACCUCUCUGGAUGGAUCAGGCAAAUUCAUAGCUACCUCACUGGCACUCUUGGAAUUCAUGUUUGGAUUUCUUAUGCAAUCUUCAUCUUAGCUACCUUAUUGAUUGGCCUGUUCCUGGGUUUGAUACUGGUUUUGAUUUCAGACUGCCUUUGCCCAUCCAAGUCAAGAUACAGAGCUGAAACAUCUGAAGAAAUUACAAAGGAUAAUGUGGAGAAUGCAGCAUUAGAAGAACCAGGGGAGGCUGCAGAGCUUUCUGCAGAUGAUGUGGAAGAGACUGCAGAUGUAAAAGAUCUCUCAGAUGGAGAAGAUGCAGCAAAUUCAAGCGCUGAUGACUCAGAGGAGGAUUUACCACCUAGAAAAGAAUCAGGGGAAGAAGAUAUGGAAGACUUAAGUGAACAACCUUUAGUUGAUUCAGAGACUGAAAGCUCAGUAAGACAGCGUAAAAAUCAGGUGGCUGAUAAUGGACUGUAG